AUGAUAAAAAUUUACAAAUCAAAAAAUAACUUUGAAAAUGAAAAAUUAUCAGAAAAAGAAAAGAAAUCCCGCAUGAAGGAAUUACAAGCCUUAAUAGUGGAAAAUGAUCCUUAUGCCAGAACAGACGACAUUUAUUUGAUCCGUUGGCUUUCGUGUCGUGAUUGGGAUGUGCAAGCUGCUUAUCGACGACGCAUGAAAUAUUACAAUUUCAGAAAACUCCAUGCCGACUGGUACCCCCGCAAAGACAUCACGGAACACGAAAAAAUGCUCCAACGGGAAUAUGGCUUCAUGUUAGAUGGUCGCGACAAGAACGGACGUCGUGUAUAUUUGGCACGUGCCAGCAGAAUAAACCUCCAUGAACACACAUUUGACGAAAAAAUAGCGCUGGACAAUUUGUGGUUCGAUAUGGUCUGUGAGGAGCUUGAAACAAUCAAAAAUGGCGUCACAGUAGUCAUCGACAUGAAAGAUAUCGCAUGGAGUACCAUUAAAUGGGCCUUAAAUAGUCAAAAUAUGAAAUUAUGUUCCCGUUAUUGCGGUUUCGUGCCUUUGCGAUACGUCGAAAUUCAUUUGAUCAACACGUCAAAAAUCGCAAAUUUAAUUAUUUCGCUUUGUUUUCCCUUUUUGAGUGACGGACUGAAAGAAAGAAUCCAUUUUCACAAAUCCAACUUGGAAUCUUUGCACAAAUUCGUGGGAAAAGAUGUGCUUCCAAUGGAAUACGGAGGUGACAAAGAUCCGGAUAUGAAGGGAAUUUACAGAAAACUAUACGAACACUUUAAAUGCACGCCAAAAAACAAAAAUUGGUACAAUAACGUUGGAAAGGAGCCGUAUCGCGUAAGAUCCUUCGAUAGAGUCGAAAAUCGAAUGGGAUAA